CAAAGACCGUGUAGUGGGGUUAUAUUGCCAUUACGCGCUAUUACGCACUGACAGCUACUUUCAGGAGAGGAGCUCUCAGCGCACAGGAGCGGGAUUUUGGAUUCCUCACAUUUACUGGAAGAAGUCAGAGGUUUUCAUUAACAUUCAGCUUGAUCUUCAGAGCAGACCAGAGUCAGCUGCCUCCAUCCGCACAGGAAUGGUGGAUCACUUGCCGCUUGGUGAGGAGACCUUCCUGUAUUACACCGGCUCCCCGGGGUCUGACUACAACUGCCUCUGUCGCCACGCCAAUGGUGGCGUGUCGCCAGGCAUCAUGGUAACCGACGCAUGCAUCUACCACCACCACCACCACCACCACCACCCCUACCAAGGGGUGAUGGUCUCCUCCUCGCCUCGACUCUCUGAGGACGACCUCAGUGAGUCCUCCAGCCCUCGUUCGUCCCUCUGCUCCAGCCCUGAGUCCUCAUCGCCAACCUCGCGGCACGUUUUCAGCUCCAGCUACGAAAGCAGGAGCAGCAGGAGCAGCGGGAGCUGUAGCUCUUCAUCAGGAGGAGAGAGUCAGGACAGCCUGCUGGACCUCCUGCUCUCACAGACCUCCCUCAGCACUUCAUUAAGCUCUAUUGCCAGCAACAGCAGCUCCCUUUCUUCUCCUCUUUCUUCCUCUCUAUGCCUCUCUUCCCCACCCUUUUCUUCCUCCUCGCCUCUCACUGCCCCCCUUUUACCCAUGGGCCUGGCCUGGGAGUCCAAGAGGGAGCAGCGGCUGAGUCUCCUCCAGCAGCAGGCCAAAGAGGACUGUUACGAGUUCCCUGUCUUCCUUGACGAGCUGCAGGACCCGGCGACGCUCCUCUUUCAGCCCACCCUGGAGGAGAUAGAGGAGUUCCUCGAGGAGAACAUGGUUGUGGCGAUGGAGAAAGAAGAGGAGGGGAUUGAUGAGGCGAUGUCACCGAUAUCAGAGGAUGCUGAGGCGGAAGGCUCAAGGACAUUAGCAGGAGAACUUGUAUCAGUACCACAUAACUCAGAUCAGACUGUUCCUGUUGCUCAUUCUCCUCUAUCCAACUACACAGAGACCAAACAUUCACCGUGUGCAUCUGACAUGGACAGCUCAACAUCAACAGAGGAUGCUAGUUGCAUAGCUAGUUCUAAUUCUCCUAUUAGUCGAGUUGAUGGGAUUAAACAGGAGGACUGUGGAUCAUCGCCUGCCUCAUCAGAAGGUACCAGUGUCGCUUCAGGCGUCCCUGUCAUCCUACAAAUCCAGCCCAUACAGAUCAAACAAGAACCGAACCCCAGUGCCAUAUCAGAUGCUGUCACCCAGCCAACCCAACCUCAGAAAACCCCAUCCCAGCCAACACAGGCCCCGUCGGAUAUCAAAAUUGCCCAGCUCCUGGUCAACAUCCAGGGGCAGACCUUUGCUUUGGUGCCUCAGCUGCUUUCCCCAGCAAACAUUAGUAGCUCAAGUAAAAUGGGAAGCACCGCUUCAUCCAAAUUUGUCCGGAUUGCGCCGGUGCCCAUUGCCGCCAAACCCACUGGGCUCGGGGAAGGCGGGUUGGGUGGAGGUUCGGCUGCAGGGGUCCUCACUGGAGGUCAGAGGUACCAGAAGAACGCAGUAGCAGACCUUAUUAAAAUGCACAAGUGCUCUUUUCCCGGCUGUAAUAAGAUGUACACCAAGAGCAGCCACCUUAAAGCCCACCUGAGGAGGCACACAGGGGAGAAGCCCUUCGCCUGCACAUGGCCCGGCUGUGGAUGGAGGUUCUCCCGGUCCGACGAGCUGUCCCGACACCGCCGCUCCCACUCAGGAGUGAAACCGUAUCAGUGCAUCGUGUGCGAGAAGAAGUUUGCCCGCAGCGAUCACCUGUCGAAACACCUCAAAGUCCACCGCUUUCCACGAAGCAGCAGGACAGGACGCUCUGCAAACUGACCCCCCUGACCUCACUCUUACGACUGACGCUAA